AUGAACUCAUCAGAUAUUCCAUCAAACGGCAUAACGAGUGUUCCGCCAUCGGACUCAGGCAUGACUGGUGCUGGAACACCCAUGUCUAGGCAGAUGAGCUCCCAGGCGUUUCUGAACCCAGCCUUCGGCGGCACAUCUUCAAACAACCCUGCCAACCAUGACGAUUUACCACUGGAAGAUGUUCGUCGCGCAGCGUUGGCCGACCUGGCAGGAAUCCCUAAAGUUACAGAUGCCACCGGUGAAAAAGUGCGAGAAAGCUUCGAAUUAUUCCUGAACACAUUCCAGGUUCCCAAUGAUUCGACACGAUACUAUAUCGAACAGGUUCAUGGACUACGCCUGUACAACUUGUCUACUAUUUACGUUGAUUUCAACCAUUUGAGGAGCCAUGACUCCAUUCUAGCGCAGGCGAUAUCUGAGCAAUAUUAUCGGUUCUUACCAUUCCUACAGAAAGGGCUGCGUAAUAUCAUCAAACGAUACGAGCCUUCGCUACUGUAUGCGCAGCCUUCCAGUGGCACUGGGGCUGACCCUGAAGCCAGAAGCAGUAACACACAAAGCGAGUCUGCUCCAAUAUCAUCUGCGGCUUCGUCGACAGUAUCAUCUGCAGUUGAAAAUGAAAAGUUCUUUCAAAUCGCGUUCUACGGGCUGCCUCUGAUCAGUAAAAUUCGUGAUAUACGUACAGAGAGCAUCGGCAACCUCGUUUCGAUUUCUGGUACAGUCACACGAACCUCAGAGGUAAGACCAGAACUCUACAGGGCCACUUUCACGUGCGACGCUUGUCGAACUAUGGUACACGGCGUGGAGCAGGUUUACAAGUACACAGAGCCCUACAUGUGUCCAAAUCCAACCUGUCAAAACCGCACAUCGUGGUCACUUGUAGUGCCCAAAUCUAAGUUUGUUGACUGGCAGCGCGUUCGAGUUCAAGAGAAUCCUGGAGAGAUACCAACUGGUUCGAUGCCGAGAACUCUGGAUAUCAUCCUUAGAGGCGACAUUGUGGACAAGGCCAAAGCUGGUGACAAGUGUGUCUUCACAGGUACAGAGAUUGUUAUUCCAGAUGUCUCGCAGCUGGGACUUCCGGGAACGAAGCCUCUCGCUUUCAGAGAUCACAAAGGGCUCGGCCGUGGUGAGGGCGUCAAUGGUGCCGUGCGUGGGUUGAAAGCACUAGGGGCUCGCGACUUGACUUAUCGUAUUGCCUUCAUGGCAUGUAUGGUUCAGGAGGGUGACAGCAGGCACUCUGGCGUCAAGGCCGACCUUAGAGGUGACGGCUCUCAAGAUAACCAAGACCAAGAAGAGCUGCUUAAUUCACUCACUCAGGAGGAAAUCGAAGAGCUGAGAGAAAUGGUACAUUCUGAAAAUUUAUAUGCUAAACUCAUCCAGUCGAUCGCCCCUACUGUGUGGGGCCACGAAAUUGUCAAGAAAGGAGUUCUUUUGCAGCUGAUGGGCGGUGUACACAAAACAACUCUGGAGGGUAUUCAGUUGCGUGGAGAUAUCAAUGUCUGCAUCGUGGGUGAUCCCUCUACGUCAAAGUCGCAGUUCUUGAAGUACGUUUGUGGGUUCCUUCCUCGUUCGGUUUAUACGUCAGGCAAAGCGUCUUCGGCUGCUGGCCUAACUGCUGCGGUAGUGAAAGACGAGGAGACUGGAGAGUUUACUAUCGAGGCUGGUGCUUUGAUGCUGGCCGACAAUGGUAUUUGUGCUAUUGACGAGUUUGACAAAAUGGAUCUAAGGGAUCAAGUUGCGAUCCAUGAGGCAAUGGAACAGCAGACAAUUUCCAUCGCCAAAGCAGGUAUCCAUGCUACACUGAAUGCUCGGACUUCUAUCCUAGCUGCUGCCAAUCCCAUCGGAGGUCGAUACAACAGGAAAGCUAGUUUGCGGGCGAAUAUCAUGAUGAGUGCGCCUAUCAUGUCUCGUUUCGAUCUUUUUUUUGUUAUUCUAGAUGAUUGCAACGAGCAAGCUGACACCCGUCUUGCCGAUCACAUUGUAAAUCUUCACAUGGAACGCGACGCAGCGAUCAAGCCACCUUUCAGCACGGCACAGCUCCAGCGGUAUAUUCAGUAUGCUCGCACCUUCAAGCCAAAACUUACCAAAGAAUCCCGUGAUUAUGUUGUUGAGAGAUACAAAGAGCUGCGAGCAAAUGACACAUUGGGCAUUGGCAAAAGUAGCUACAGAAUUACUGUUCGACAGCUUGAGUCUAUGAUUCGCCUAAGUGAAGCCAUUGCUCGUGCCCACUGCGUCGACGAGAUCACGCCCGAGUUUGUUCGCGAAGCCUUCAAUUUGCUACGGCAAUCGAUCAUUCAUGCGGACCGUGACGAUAUAGAGAUGGGGGAUGAUAGCGUGCCUUUGACUUCUGUCUCGGUCGACCGAUCUCGAACCCAAGAUGGCUUGGGGUCCCAGAAGACCAAAAUCACCUACGAGAAAUACAUGAGUAUGAUGAAUCUGAUUCUACAAAGAAUCAACAUGGAGCCUAACAAUGGCCCUGUGAGCGAAAGUGAACUGAUCGGCUGGUACCAGCACACGCAAGAGGAAAACAUUGGUUCCGAGCAGGCCUUUUUCGAAGAGGGCGAGCUGACCAAAAAGGUCAUCAAACGGUUGGUCAAAGAUAACAUCCUUAUGGUAUUACAUGGCGAGGUUCAAAAUUUGGGAGACGCGCUGGAAGCACCCGAAGAGACUUCAUACGUGAUGCACCCGAACGCUGCAAUUCAGUACUAA